AACAGUAAGGUGUCAAAAUCUCUGUACCAAAUGGAAACAACAGUGUUUUCAAAAACCUUUAGCUUGUCCAAAUUUGAGAGGACUAGGGUUUUGUAGUGAUGUGGCGCAGGUUGAGGUCGGCAUGGAACGUCCGGCGAGGUUUCUCCACGGCAGUACGGCGCCGUAUUGAGGACGAGGGGGACUGGUAUUACUCAUCCGAGUGGUGGGGAACGGACUCCGAUAGUCAAACUGUUCUCCGUUCAACUUCCGACAAGGGAAACGGCGUCGUCUCCGUCGCCGCUUAUCCUUCCUCUCAACCUAGUGAAGUAUACUGGCCUGAAACGGAGAGAUGGUUACAGCGAAGGCACGCAGAGGUACGUCCGGGAUGUGAAGAUGAGGGGCGUUUUAGGAUACUUGGGUACCAAUGGCGGGCGCUUAGGUUCAACGACGACACUCGCCAGAGCACUGUCAAAGUAAUGGCCGCUUACCGGGAAUCAGAACCCGGCUCGGUGUUCCUGAUGCAGCAGCCACAUUGUCUGGCUGUACCAUAUCUGAAGAGUAUGGUAUCAACUGGGUUGGCCACUAUAGCAUCUUGUGGUUAUGAUAUCAAAAAUGCGGUGCGUGGGAAGAAAACUAUGAAUAUCUUAUGCAUUGGUCAUGGUGGAGGAAGCUUACCAUUAUUUCUGGCUAGUAAAAUUAAAGGUGCUGCGGUUCACAUAGUUGAAAUUGACCCCCUUGUUAUCUCAGCCUCGAUCGAAGCUAUGGGUUUUCCUGCUUUCUCAGUUAUGAACCCAUCAGGUGAACGUGCCUUGUCAAAACCUAAUACCAUUGAUGAAGUACUGUGGAAAGGCAUCCAUGAGAAGCUAUACCUCUAUGAAUCAGACGCUGAGGAUUUUGUCCUGGACAAUACCAAUCUAUAUGAUAUGAUCUUCAUUGAUGCUUACGACGGUGAAGACAUCUUCCCUCGCAAGCUAUGGGACCCUAAUUCCCCAUUUCUUAAAGCUCUCAAUAAUCAACUUCACCCUGAACAUGGCACUGUUGUGGUGAACCUUCAUUCAGAUUCUGAACUUUUGAAUUCCGCUGGGUCUGCUCCAUCUGUUCUUGAGCAAGUUUUGCCAAUGGGAAAGUAUGUUUCCAGAAUUGGCAGAGCAUACAAGGAUAUGCUGGUGGGAAAUGGAAGUUGUGGCAGGAAAGAAGGUUCUGGUUUGGGUUUUACUGUUUCAGUUCCUUGGGUGUGUAAUACAUCUCUGGUUGUGUGCAGAGGUUUGCAAAUGAGUGGUGCGUGUUUAAACAGGGAUUUGGUGAUGAGUGCUAUCAUAUCAAAAUCCAUUGAAGUGGAACAUCUCCUAAACUUGCCAUUUUCAUGCUUGCAGUAUAUAAAGAGAGGUUUUAUACUGGUUGAUUGAU